UUAUACAGCCGUAAAUUACCUUACAAAUUCUGCACAGUGUUACACAUUAAAUAUGUCAAAGAACUAUACAACAAGUAGAACUCUCUUGUGUGAUGAGGUGAAAAAGGCCCAGGGUUCAAAGAGGACGGGUGAACCAACCAUUUUCUCCAAGAUUGUUGAUAAGUCUAUCCCAGCAGAUAUCAUAUACGAAGAUGAACUGUGCCUGGCUUUCCGAGAUGUUUCACCACAAGCCCCUGUCCACUUUUUAGUGAUACCAAAGUCCCCAAUUCCCGGAAUCAGUGAUGUACACCAACAGGAUAAAGAGGUCAGAUAA